AUGUCCAUCAUUUCAAGAACAACUUUUUAGUGUUUAAUAGCCUAGUAGUAAAUGAGUCUUUUUUUUAAAUCUUUAAUCAUAUUUCCGGUGUGUUCAGUUUCGACAUACUAUUUUCCCCAUCAUGGAUAGUUUAGACAAAAAGAAAUGUAUUUUUGCAAUUUUUGUUUCAGAGAUGUCCUGCUGCUCGCGAGCUGCCGGCACCUGUCGCAAUGUUUGCUCCAAGAUACCUUUGGUGACCCUAGGAGCUGACGCGGAGGCGCGGGAAAAAACGGCCCCUCAACUGUUGGAAUUCUGUUCCCCGGAAUUGGGGGAUUUCUGGAAUUGCGUCAAUUCGACCCUGAAAAAAGCGAGGAGGAACGAGAACUGGGUCGGAAGAGGAUGCUGCCAUUUGGUCCAGAACCCAAUCUGUAGGACCACUUGUGCUCUGGCAGGGUCCAGACAUGACUUGGACGAAAAUUGCAGAGCCAGCGACGAGUCCGAGUUCUUCUCUUGCCUAGAGAGGCGGGAAGAUGGCGAACGUUGCUGCAGCAACGUUUCCAACGAGACCUGCCGAGCGGGUUGCAGGAAAUUCUUCCAAAUGCCGGGAGAACAAUCCACCCUUAAAUUCUACAGCAGUAAGGGCUGCUUCCACGAAAUUCCGAAAUGUCUGAAGAUAGUCGCAGUCGCAGAGGCGAAGAACACGGAAGACCUUAAGCAAUAUCUCCAUUGCUGCGAGAAGGCUGCGAACGUAUCAUGCCAGAACACAUGUCGGAAGACCCUCCAAACCAAAACCACGGAUCAGGAGUUUCUGGACGCGUUAUCAGAGAAGUGCGGCCCAGUUCUGCCCCACAUCCCCCUUUGGAGUUGCCUUCUGCAGUCCGCUCCAGCUAAGCCUGUCCGUCUGCCCCUGGAGAUCGGGAAAUUGGCAUGUUGUUCCAAGGCGACUCAGGCUUCCUGCAGGAACCUGUGCUGGAGAGCUUUCCAAGCGGACUGGGAAGUGGCAUCGGCUCAGCUGGAGUCCCAAUGUCUGUCCGUAGCUGCUGAGGGGGAACUCAGGAGAUGUCUGGAAGAUGCCGAUGAUGCCUGCGAGAUGGGCUGCGCCGGUCUCUCCUACUGUGCGAGGUUCAACGACAGACCGACGACACUUUUCAGAACGUGUUCGGCAAAGGCAGACGAGGCCGCCAAGUGGGAAGCAGAUCACUGGGCCAGAGGAGGGAUCAUCCGCGGCUUGGGAGUCCAGGUCAGAGCAGCUCCAUCCUGUCCAGCAAAGACUCUCCGCGCAGCUGCGUGUCUUCUCCAGCUGCGUCCUUGCGAGUCCAGGGUGCACGAGACUCGCCUCUGCAGGGAAGACUGUCUGGAGCUGAUGACGAGUUGCGUUGACUGGUCAGCAGUGACCGGUCCCUAUUCGGCGACGACCCUCUGCUCGAAGCUCUCUCCACCGAAGCCAGACAUGCCCUGCGUAUCCCUGCGCCCCUUCCUGGAGGACCCUCGCGAGGAGGACUCGGUUCUCCUCCCGGACGAGGACAUAACGACGCCCUGCAAGGACAAUCCCUGUCCCCAGGGCCAGACGUGCGUCCUGCACCCGGCCAGCUCCAAGAGCUUCAGCUGCGUCCCGGCCUGCGCCCUCGGGGAGAUGUCCAAGCAGCUGGUGCCCUUGGGAUCCUGGAUCCAGGUGCCCAGGUACGACCAGCAGAAGUGCCUGAAGAUCUGCCAGUGCACCCCCCGGGGCCUGGAGAAGUGCCGACCCCUGAACUGCUUCGCCUUCGGGUACUGCUGGGUCCAGCAGCUCCUGGUAACCGACCGGGCCAACUUCUACCUCGAGUGCAACCCUUGCCAGUGCAACGAGGGCGAGGUCACCUGCUCCAGGAAGAGCUGCGGGGAAAUUAAGAUACCCUCGCUACCCUGCGACUGUCCCUCGCAUUACGUCCCCGUAUGUGGAAGACUAGGGGCCACCUUUGCCUCGGCUUGCUUGGCGAAGUGCUACGGCCUCUCCGCGGCCGACGUCGACUUCGGGAGCUGCUCUUCCAGGGACCCUUGUGCCGGGGAUCCGUGCUCGGCUUCCGAAAAGUGCGUCAGGAGGCCCAGGGUGUGCCUCUCGCCCAUCUACAAGCCCUGCAGGCAGUUCGAGUGUGUUCCUCUUGAUUGCGAUCCUAGAGAUUACUCGGCAGGGCCCGUCUGCGACAGGGACAACCAGGAGCAUCCGUCCCUCUGCUCGUUGAUUAAGGCUGGCGCUUCGCUGGCGUACAGGGGCCCGUGUCUGAGAGGGUGCAGUCUCAGGGGACCCGUCUGUGGGAUCAACGGGGAGGUUUAUCCCAGCGAGUGCGCCGCAUGGGCAGAGAGGACCAUCGUCGACUACCUCGGUCCCUGCGUGGCCGUCGGGUUGAUAGGAGACAGGCCCAGGGAAAGAUGUGGAGCCGCUGUCCAGUGUCCAUCCCCCAUCGAGCCCUACUGCGUCGGGGUAACUCCACCAGGUGCUUGCUGCCCCGUCUGCGGAGGAGCCGCCAGGCUCUUCUACUCCAGGAAACAGCUGGACCGAAUCUACUACGUGAUGGAGGAAGACCGGGAUAAGGAUACGGUGACUUUGGAAGCGAUGCUGAUCGCUCUUGGACGUCAGCUGCAGGUCGCACAGUGCGCCCUGAGAGGAUCGGUUACCCCAGAGGGUGACGUCUUCGUCGUCAUCCAGCCAGUCUCGAAGAAGCCUUCCAGUAUUCAACUUGCAGCUUGCGUGGCCGAGGCGGAGAAGCUCGUUGCCAGGAUCUUGGAGAGAAGUCCCAGGAUCGUGGCCGAAGUGCCCUUGGGGUCUUUGACCAGGGCGGAGAUCGCUCACGACAGAGUUUCCGGAGCUUCCACCAACAGCUUCUGGUUUGCCUUAGCUCCGUUAGGGUGGAUCCUUGCCUGGAGGUUUCAUCCGUGAAGCAAUUCCUAAUAGCGAUGAGCAAUUGCAAGACCUAGAAGAAGGCUACCAUAGUGUUGGUCUUGCUCUAUCAAGUAUUGGUCUUGGUCACGCAAUUGCGAUCAAGUCUUAGCACUAAACCUACCACCGGCGGGUCAAAUGGUAUUUGUAAUAGUAGUAAAAAUCGUCGGUAGGUUUAGUAUUAAUCUUGCAAAUAGUGCAAGCCCAAGAACAAGGCUACCAUAGUCUUGGUCUUGCUCUAUCAAGUAUUGGUCUUGGUCACGCAAUUGCGAUCAAGACUUAACACUAAACCUACCUCCGGCAGGUCAAAUGGUAUUUGUAAUGGUAGUAAAAAUCGUCGGUAGGUUUAGUAUUAAUCUUGCAAAUAGUGCAAGCUCAAGAUCACAACUGCAAGACCAAGAACAAGGGUACCAUAGUCUUGGUCUUGCACUGUCGAAUAUUGGUCUUGGUCACGCAAUUGCGAUCAAGUCUUAACACUAAGCCUACCACCGGCGGGUCAAACGGUAUUUGUAAUGGGGGUAUAAAUCGUUGGUAGAUUUAGUGUUAAUCUUGCAAAUAGUGCAAGCUCAAGAUCACAACUGCAAGACCAAGAACAAGGGUACCAUAGUCUUGGUCUUGCUCUAUCAAGUAUUGGUCUUGGUCACGCAAUUGCGAUCAAGUCUUAGCACUAAACCUACCACCGGCAGGUCAAAUGGUAUUUGUAAUAGCAGUAUAAAUCGUCGGUAGGUUUAGUAUUAAUCUUGCAAAUGGCGCAAGUCCGAUAUUUUUUAUAAAAAUCGUCCCUUAGCAAUAGAUUUGCUAGAGGAUAACUUAAUAAUUUCACCCGGUACUGUCGUGGAAUCUUACUUUCCCAAAACCACUGCCUUUAAAUUCAUAAGGUGAGGGUUACUAAUGACCCAGGCUCGACUGCACCAAUUUUUCGUAAUUAACUCUCCAAGUGAAUUUAUAAUUAAAGGAUUAAUUUUAAUUGGGGCAGUCAGACCUCGACGACGGUGCAUUUGAGCUGCGUUUAAGCGAAACGUACCUAUUUCAAGUCUGUGAUCUUUCUAGUGCCUACUUAGUGUAUACAAGAGUGACUACAUUAAUGUGAAAUAUAUAUAUAUAUAAUUAAUAAUGUUAUAACUGC